AUGGCUAAAAAGAAGAAAGCUACUAAUGAUACAAAUGACAUUUCAUCUGCAACAGCAGCUCUAGAAUUUGGAAUUUCAUUCGAUGAAUUAGAAAAGUUAAUGCAAACACGAGGCCAUGAAGGUGUUUUGACACUUAAUGAAACCUAUGGUGGUCUUAGUGGUCUAGGGCAAAAACUGAAAACAAAUUUAAUUACCGGUUUAUCCGAAGAUGAAUCUGAUAUAUCCUUACGUUUAGCUGCAUUUGGUCGUAACGAAAUUCCACCUAAACCUCCGAAAACAUUUUUUCGUCUUAUGAUCGAUGCUCUUCAAGAUAUUACACUAGUUAUUCUUAUCAUCUGUGCUAUUAUUUCAUUUGGUCUAUCCUUUUAUCAUCCAUCGGAUGAAACAUUUCAAGCUGAAUUAAAACCAAAAGAAGCAAAUGUUGAAUGGAUUGAAGGUGCAGCAAUUAUUGUUGCUGUCAUUGUUGUCGUUCUUGUAACAGCAUUUAAUGAUUGGACAAAAGAACGUCAAUUUCGUGGUCUUCAAUCAAAAAUUGAAAGUGAUCAAAAAUUUAAUGUUGUUAGAAAUAACAUUGUUAAACAAAUUCCAAUAAAAGAUAUUGUUGUUGGAGAUAUAUGUCAAGUUAAAUAUGGUGAUUUAUUGCCAGCUGAUGGUGUUGUUGUGCAAUCAAAUGAUCUUAAAGUUGACGAAUCAUCAUUAACGGGAGAAUCCGAUUUAAUAAAAAAGCAUGAAUCGAAAGAUCCAUUUCUUUUGUCUGGUACACAUAUCAUGGAGGGUAGUGCAAAAAUGUUGGUAUUGGCUGUUGGUGAACACAGUCAAACAGGAAUGAUAUUUAAAUUGUUAGGUGCAACGCAAGAAGAUGAUGAAGAGAAAAAAGUGAAAAAUAAAAAAGAAAAUGCAAAUGGUUUUGUUGAUCGUGAGACUAACGAACGUUUGGUAGCACCAGAGUCAAAUGCAGGUGCACAAGGAAAUAAUCAUGAAGCAACCGAAUUGCAAGAUGCUGAAAUUGCCAAAGAAAAAGAUACCGCUGGUGAUGAUGAUUCAGGAGGUUUCAAAGUUAAAGAACGAUCUAUUUUACAAGCAAAAUUAACUAAAUUAGCUAUUCAAAUUGGAUAUGCUGGCAUGACAAUUGCUAUCUUAACGGUAAUUGUUCUACUCUUACGAUUUUCAAUCGAAGAAUUUAUUCAACGACAUGAACGUUGGAGCAAUAAAUAUUGGAGUCGAUUUGUACGUUAUUUGAUCACAGGUAUAACUGUGUUGGUUGUUGCUGUACCUGAAGGUUUACCAUUGGCAGUAACAAUAUCAUUAGCUUAUGCUGUUAAAAAAAUGAUGUUGGAUAAUAAUUUAGUUCGUCAUUUGGAUGCAUGUGAGACCAUGGGUAAUGCAACAGCUAUUUGUUCAGAUAAAACUGGAACCUUAACAACAAAUCGUAUGACUGUUGUACAAGUUUAUGUCAGUGAAAAACAUUGGAAAAAUGUUGAAAAUCCUGUUCGAGUUAAAGAAAUUUCUAUACCGAAUAAAACUAAAGAAAUCCUUCUUGAAGGUAUAUCAGUCAAUAGCAGUUAUGCAUCUAAAUUGCUUCCUCCACCUGAAAAAGAAACAUUAGCAAAACAAGUUGGUAAUAAAACUGAAUGUGGCUUAUUAGGUUUUGUUGUUGGUCUUGGUGGAGAUUAUAAUGAAAUACGUCAACAAUAUACUGAAGAAAAAUUUAUUCAUGUUUAUACAUUUAAUUCCGUACGAAAAAAUAUGUCGACUGUUGUACAACGACCUGAUUCAACUACGCGAAUGUAUACAAAAGGUGCAUCGGAAAUUGUUUUAAAAAAAUGUAAAACAAUAUUAAAUCGUAAUGGCGAAAUUGUACCAUUUUCAACUGUUGAUUAUGAUCGGCUCGUACAAACUGUUAUUGAACCCAUGGCAUGCGACGGUUUACGAACAAUUUGUGUUGCCUAUAGGGAUUUUCCGUCAGAUAAAUUACCUGAUUGGGAUGAUGAAGCAACUGUUGUUGAUCAAUUGACAUGUGUUUGUAUUUGUGGUAUUGAAGAUCCCGUACGACCAGAAGUACCUGAUGCAAUAGCUAAAUGUCGAAACGCUGGUAUAACAGUACGAAUGGUUACAGGUGACAACGUGAAUACAGCACGAUCGAUUGCAUUGAAAUGUGGCAUUAUUACGCCAAAUGAUAGUUUUCUAGUACUUGAAGGAAAAGAAUUUAAUCGACGAAUUAGAUCAAAACCAGAUGGCGAAGUUGAACAAAAUUUAUUGGAUAAAGUUUGGCCAUCAUUACGUGUACUGGCACGAUCAUCACCACAAGAUAAAUAUGUACUUGUAAAAGGUAUUAUCGCAUCGAAACUCAAUCCAACACGUGAAGUUGUUGCUGUUACUGGUGAUGGGACCAAUGAUGGACCUGCUUUGAAAAAAGCUGAUGUUGGCUUUGCUAUGGGCAUACAAGGUACUGAUGUAGCAAAAGAAGCUUCGGACAUUAUAUUGGUCGAUGAUAAUUUCAAUUCAAUUGUAAAAGCAGUUAUGUGGGGGCGUAAUGUCUAUGAUUCAAUAGCAAAAUUUCUUCAAUUUCAAUUAACUGUAAAUGUAGUUGCUGUAUUUUGCGCUUUUAUCGGUGCAUGUAUUGUGAAAGAAUCUCCGUUACGCGCUGUACAAAUGCUGUGGGUUAAUUUAAUUAUGGAUACAUUAGCAUCAUUAGCACUUGCAACGGAAGUGCCGACGGAAGAUUUAUUGACGCGUAAGCCAUAUGGGCGUACAAGACCAUUAAUAUCCCGAACAAUGAUGAAAAAUAUUCUUGGCCAUGCUAUUUAUCAAUUAGCUGUUAUGCUUUUUAUCUUAUUUGCUGGACCGACUGUAUUUGAUAUCGAUGAUGGUCGCCCAAUAAAUAAUGUUUUUAAGCCAUCGGAGCAUUUUACAAUGAUCUUUAAUGUUUUUGUAUUAAUGACAUUAUUUAAUGAAAUUAAUUGCCGAAAAAUCCAUGGUGAACAAAAUGUUUUUCGAGGAAUAUUUACAAAUCCAAUUUUUUAUGGUAUAUGGAUUGUUACAUUUGCCGUACAGAUUCUUCUUGUUCAAUAUGGUUCAGUUGCAUUUUCAUGCGUUGCAUUAACAUUUGAACAGUGGAUGUGGUGUUUAUUUUUUGGUGUCACAGUACUUCUAUGGAAUCAAAUUGUUAAUUUGAUUCCGGUGACGCGUCAUAUGCCAAAAUGGGGUUCAGGUGAAGUUUAUAGUCAAACAUUAACCGCUGAUUUAAAUGCUGAAGGUUCAUCAAGACCUGGAGCAAGUUUAACAAAAGGACAAAUACUUUGGUUAAGAGGAAUAACACGUCUACAAACACAGCUUCGUGUGAUAAAAGCAUUUCAAGAUUCAAUCGAUCGACAACCGCCUGAAUAUGCAACAUUAGAUCGGCUCCGAGCCGCUACUGUGCCCAAAUUAUCCUCGUUUUAUAACGACAAUCGACCUCUUACUCGUCCUCAUUCUCUUAAUCCUAUUAUAACUACUAACACAACUGUGACUGAUAAUUAUCAACCAUCACCAUCAACCUUUGAACAUACCCAAUUACAGACAAUGAAUAAAAUCAAGUAA